AUGGCCGCACCACCACCAGGACACCCGCAACAACAUCCGCAGAUGGCCCAGCAACCCGGUCCCGUUCCGCCAGCACCCGGCCAGGCGCCCCUGGGCCAGGUUCUGAAGCGCCCGGCGGACACCGACGUGGAUGCUAUCCGGAGAUUAAAACACCCGCGUCCGCCUCUCCCGCCGCCGCACAUCCUCGAGUCGCUCGUCCCCGACUCGCCCGCGUUCACGGAGCUCAUGAAGAUCGAACAGAAGCUGGACUGGACGCUGCUCCGGAAGAAGGCUGAGAUCAACGACGCGCUCGGCCGCUCGACGCGCGUGAAGCGGACAUUGCGCGUGUUCCUCAGCAACACGGUUCACAACCAGCCGUGGCAGACUGGAUCAAGCGGAGAGAAGGACGGCGACGUGCAGAUGGGAGAGGAGAAGAAGACGGAUGGCGAGAACAAGGAGGGAGAGAACAAGGAGGGCGGAGAGGGAGAGAAGAAGGAGGGCGAGGAGAACAAGGCUGAGGGCAGCUCGACGGCGGGCGCGCCCCCGGGAGUGGACGUCAAGACGGGCAACGGUGUUGCAGGAUGGGUCCUGAGGAUAGAAGGCCGCUUGCUUGACACUGGAAACCACCGCCUGGACAAGCAGAAGCGCAAAUUCUCGUCGUUCCUGCGCUCCGUCGUCGUCGAGUUUGACAACCGCGAGGCGCCAACGUUCCCCGAGGGCAACAUUGUCGAGUGGCACCCGGACCCGACAGCCGAGCCUCUCGAUGGCUUCGAGAUCAAGCGCCGCGGCGACCAGAACGUCAAGGCGCGCAUCAUUUUGCACCUGAACCACUCCCCAGAGCGCUUCAAGGUCCUUCCUCCGCUCAGCGACCUCAUCUCGAUCCGGGAAGGCACGCGUGCAGAGAUCAUCCAGGCGGUUUGGCAGCUCGUCAAGACCUCGGGAGCGCAGGACAAGGACGACGUGACGCUGAUCCGGCCGAUCGGCGGACUCGAGAAGCUGUUGCAGCCGGGUGCCGAAGGUGUGCAGUUCCACCAGAUUCCGGAGCUGGUGACCCGCUACCUCGCGCACCCUGACCCGAUCGUGAUUCCCUACGAGAUCGACGUUAGCAAGGAGGCGACGUUCCACCCGCAGUGCUUCGACAUUCCGCUCGAGAUCGAGGACCCACUGAAGAGCAAGAUGGCGACGAUUGUGCAGAACUUUGAGGGCGGUGUCGGCAACGAGAUUACCAAGCUGGAGGACAAGGUCGGCGAGCUUGCCUACUUUGCGCGCGACCUGAAGCAGAAGCGCGACUUCCUCGAGUCCUUCGCCGCGAACCCGCACGCGUUCAUUCAGAACUGGCUCGCGGCGCAGGCUCGUGAUCUCGACCAGAUGCUCGGGUACCAGAUUGGGCAGAGUGGCGUCAACGGCGGCUCCAUCCGCGAGGAGGACCUCCGGCGCUCAGACAUCUUCCACCUCCCGUGGGUUGACGAGGCGAUCCAGGUGCACGAGCAGCAGCGCGCGAAGCAGCAGUAG